GGAAAAUAGGCACCGCUAACGAACAACUUGGCUAGGUUUAACACAUCAGUGGGAGACGUGGAAAACAACGGAGGGGAUUGAUAAGUGUAACAUAGUUAUAAUUGUACGGCUUCUAUUUGCGGUGUUGCAACACCGUUAUACAUUAAAUCAUAACGAUAAGAUACGAAAUAAUAUUGUCGUUUCUACUAACAAGCCUGUCACAGAAUCACGGAACAGUGAGCGGUCUCUCAUUUAAAGCUUACCAGACUCCCAGAUGGAGGAGCUGCACCCCCACUGCCUGACAUGUGUGAACCGGAGGUGCAUGACGCGACCAGAGCCUGGCGCCUCCUGCGACCUGGUUGGCUGCCCGCUGGUGUGCGGUGCCGUCUUCCAUCUUUGCAAGGCCAGCGAACACCGCCUGCUGUGCCCGCUGGAGCGGGUGCCUUGCCUGAACAGUGGCUUCGGCUGCCCAUUCACGCUUCCGCGUGGGCGCCUGGCUGAACACUUGGAGAUCUGCCCGGCCAGCGUGGUGUGCUGCACCAUGGAGUGGAAUCGCUGGCCUGUCAGUUACGCUGACCGCCAGUCCUACGAGCACCUGAGCUCUGGUGGCGACGACGAACCCGUGGAGCAGCUGGACAUGGCGCUGGCGCUGCAGGACCAGCGCAUGCUGCUGGAGUCGCUUCGCGUCACAACCACUGUCAGCAGGGCAGCCGACGACAAGCUGAGCGCCAAGAGCCAGCCCCAGGUGCUGAUCCAGGAACAGCCGAUUCAGCACCACCAGCAGCAGCAGCAGCAACAACAACAACAACAACAACAGUUACAACAGCAGCAGCAGCAACAACAACAGUUACAACAGCAGCAGCAGCAGCAACAACAGUUACAACAGCAGCUGCAGCAGCAACAACAACAGUUACAACAGCAGCUGCCACAGCAGCAGCCCCAGCGGCCCUCUCAGGUGGAGUUGGCGCGUGGGAUCAUGGACAUGCAGCAGGAGUCCUACAGCGAGCUCUACAUGGCCUCAGUGGAGACCAGCCGGAGUCUAGCAGCGGCGCUGGGCAUCCUCACCAGCGCCAACAAGGACAUUGACCUGCUCAUGGACAGUCUGGCCGAGAAGGAGCAGCGCAAUGGCGCACAUCAUGGCGCAGGGGUCAAUGGAGAGGUCAACAGCGAGUGUCGGCACGGCAGCAAGGACGUUGAGAACGUGGAGAUGAAGGACAGUGACUCAGAGUCCGAGUGUGAACUGGGGGCCGUUGGAGGGGUUGACCUCAACCACACCAACGGCAUGAGCUGGGAGACCCACAACGGCUUCAGCAAGUCAAUAGAAGUCAUUGUGGAUGGGAAAGACGGCGAUGUCGAGGACAGAGAGAUGCAGUGUGUCAUGCCCUGGAAGAAGGAGAAGCCCUUGUUUAAUGGCUUUCACCGGCCAGACAGCAGGGGUGGGCAUCAUCAUUGGCGGAACCAGCACAGACUGCAAGGCAAUGGGCGGAACGGAUCCUCUGACCUCCAACCUGAGCUGGUUCUCCACGCCCGGCCAGUGGUGGUGGAACCGGCUGUGCCUCAGCACGGAAACAUCACCGCACCUCGCUUUUCAGUAUCGGUGCAGAGGCCCCGUCCUUAUACGGGCCAGAGGCCUCUCCCCCUCCCCUUAGCCAACCACCAUCUGGCGGUUGAAGAGGAGGUGGAGGAGCUUCACAUGAAUGGGGAGGGACUGCAGCCACUGGUGGUGGUGGAGGGGGAUGAUCUCGCCCUGGAUUUGGAGGAGGUGCUUCAGCCACUGGUGGUGGAGGGGGAGGAGCUUCAGGAUGAUGGGGGGGAGCUUCCACCAUUAGUGGUAGGGGAGGAGCUGCAGGGGGUGGAGCUGCAGCCGCUGGUGGUCGAGGCGGACGAGGAGUUGGAGGCAGUGGCCGCCGGGCCUCAGGUGAACGGAGGGGAGCUGCCGGAGGCCGUGGGCGAGGCAGCCGACCGCUGGCUGGAGCGGAAGCUGCACAACCUGCAAGUGCUCCGCGGCGUGUUCACGUUCAACGGGCGCCGCGCACUGCUCUCCGACCCCUACCACCUUUUCCGCGCCAAGAUGGAGGACAAGGCGGUGGACACGUCGGACCUGGAGGUGUCGGACGACCCCAUGGGCCUGCACGGCAUCGACCUGAUCACGGCGGCGCUGCUCUUCUGCCUGGGCGACUCGCCGGGCGGCCGCGGCAUCUCCGACAGCCGCUUCGUGGACGGCUACCGCAUGGACUUUGGCACGCAGACCUUCUCCUUCCCGUCGGCCAUCCUGGCCACCAACACCAUGGUGGGCGACAUCGCGUCGGCCUCGGCCUGCGACCACGCCAGCCCGCAGCUGUCCAACCCCAGCCCCUUCCACACGCUGCGCCUGGACCUGGUGCUGGAGUGCGUGGCCCGCUACCAGACCAAGCAGCGCUCCAUGUUCACCUUCGUGUGCGGCCAGCUGUUCCGCCGCGACGAAUUCUCCUCGCACUUCAAGAACGUGCACGGCGACAUCCACGCCGGCCUCAACGGCUGGAUGGAGCAGCGCUGCCCGUUGGCCUACUACGGCUGCACCUUCUCGCAGCGGCGCUUCUGCCCGUCGACCCAGGGCUCGCGCAUCGUCCACGACCGACACCUGGGCUCCUUCGGCGUCCAGUUCAACAUCCCCGCCCGGCCCGCCGCCACCGACCGCAACGGCACGAUCACCCGCAGCAACUACCAGUAUGGGUACCAGUGCGACCACCUCAGCAGCCUGCCCUUUGAGUUGCUCCAGCAUGUGGCCGGCUUCCUGGACGGCUUCAGCCUGUGCCAGCUGUCACGGGUGUCCCACACCAUGAGGGACGUGUGUGGCAGCCUGCUGCAGGGACGGGGCAUGGUGGUGCUGCUCUGGCAGAAGGUCCAGCAACCCGAUGGCUCCAACUCCUGGCAGAUCAGAGACAAGGUGUGGCGGUUCAGCACGGCCUUCGGCACAGUGAACGAGUGGAAGUUCGCCAACAUCGCCAGCAUCGCCGACCACCUCAAGACCUGCAAGUUCAACACUGUGGCCCGCAGAGAAGAGGCCAUCCCUCUGCCCUGCAUGUGUUUCACCCGCGAGCUCACCCGCGAGGGCCGCUCUCUCCGCUCUGUCCUCAAGCCAGUGUUAUAACACACACACACACACACACACACACACACACACACACACACACACACACACACACACACACACACAGAUACACACACUCCAGUUGAACUGUCACAACACGCCACACAGACACUAUGUUCUGAACUCUCAGCAAUUUAAACACUCGUGCCGCCAUAACCGCGGACUUCCUCACGCUUUCUCAAAGCAACAGGAGUUAGAGCUGCUGCUUUGUCUUCCUCCAGGUUAUUCUCGGAUCAUCCCGAUUCCCAGCACAAACUCUAGACUGUGGGCUGCAGAUUGUUCGGAACUGUUUCGACACUCUGUGGAAGUGUAAAUAAAGCCUAGCUGUUUUUUGAGGUUUCAAAAACUAUAUUUUUUAUAAGGUAAAAUACUGUGCCGACUCAUACAAAUAAAUGAAUAAAUGAAGUAGAAAGCGGAGCCUUAAUGGAGAAAAAAAAAAAACACUUGAUUGUGAAGCUUGGCAGAAAUCUUUAAUAAUAACUCUGCCCUGCUGAAUUAUUACUGUAAUGUUUUAUACUCUUGCAUGGUGUGACGAGAACACAUGUAGCAGCCACCUUCAGAUUGACAAGUGCUUGUGUGGAGAUGCACACACCCGCAAUCUGAAAAGCUCAUGGAUUUAAGUUAAUUUUUUCGAUUCUUUACAUUUCCUUUUGUUUUUUUUAAAGGUUCUGGAUCAUUAGAGUGCUGUCGGUCCGAUUUUGUUUUAAUUUCGUGUCUGCCUGUUGGAAUUUUUCAAACUCUCAAAACGAAAGUUCUCGUGUCUUGACUUGAAGUACACCGUUGAUACAGUUUAGAGGCGAGAGAAUCACCUAGCACUUUACUGGAUUGUCGAUAUGAAGUUUACCAUUAUUAAUUAUUUUUGUUUGUUUUUGUGACUCCAGCAUCAACUUGUGUGGUGGUGAGCACGUAGAAGCCUCUUGUCCCCCCCCCCCAUAGCUUGCUGCUCUGUCUGUGCCUACAGUCUGACUAAACAAGACAUUCAAACUACAUAUUUUCCCUGCCCUCCCCUCUACCCAGAAUGCUAAGUGCUUCCCCAGACCAGCUGAUGUUGACUCAGAGUGACCCUGUCAGGACUAGCACCUUUUUUUUGUCUUCCACUGACUGCUCUAAGACCACGACCUUCUCCAAUAAGUGGUCUUCAGCAAUCCAGUGCUUUUCAGGGAGGGAGUCGGGGGGUAUCUCUCAAGGAAGGAGAAGACUGGGGAGAGCACCCAGACAAGGGGCAAGGCUCAAGGCUAUGUAGUCUUCAAGGGCUGCUCUGCAGAUUAGUAUUAGAACUCUGAAGGACUGGGUAUGUCUCUCUGACCCGCUCACUGUUAACCAAUCACACCAUUCCAGAGUAGUGACCCUGUGUUGAGAGCUAAACAGUAGCACUGAAGGGGCUUCACAUGUCAUCUGGGCAUAGAGUCAGUAAGAGGUUCAUGUAGGGAUUUAGGAGAGGGGCAGGAUAAGUAUAAUGUGUGUUGGGUGUUUAUGUUAGACUUUGGGUAACGGUGACAGUUGGAGAUUAUGGAUAUUGACAGGGUUAGGGUUAUGGAUGAAGGUUAGUGUCAGGUCAGUGCUCAGGGUUAGGAGUUCAGUGGUGUGGUUGGAGUCGGCUUGCUGUUCUUCUCCGUCUCUGUGUAUCUCUGUCUCUCUCUGACGUCUGACGGGUGGGCGGGCCACUGAUCCACAGCCUUUAAAGUGUCUUCAGGGUCCUAGACUUGACUUGUUCAAUGCAUGUUGACGUGUGUGGUUUAAUAAAAAAAAACAAUUUGCCAUCUUUUAA